AUGCAAUGUUUNUCACGAAGCCUCCACAUCAUGUGCCACAUCCCAGUGUUCUGCUGGAUCACUGCUACAGUUCUGGAGGAGCUGCUGGGAAGCCGAGAGGGAGGAGAGCUGCCCAGCACCCUGACUGAGAUGUACAUCCACUACCUGGUGGUUCAGGCCAAAGUCAAGAAGAUCAAGUAUGACAGAGGAGCUGAGACAGAUCCAUACUGGAGUCCAGACAGCAGGAGGAUGGUUGAGUCUCUAGGAAAACUGGCUUUUAAGCAGCUGCAGAACGGAAACCUGAUCUUCUAUGAGUCCGACCUGACAGAGUGUGGCAUCGAUAUGAGAACAGCCUCAGUGUACUCAGGAGUGUUCACACAGAUCUUUAAAGAGGAGAGAGGGCUGUACCAGGACAAGGUGUUCUGCUUCGUCCAUCUGAGCGUUCAGGAGUUUCUGGCUGCUCUUCAUGUCCAUCAGACCUUCAUCAACUCUGAAAUCAACAUGCUGGAAAAAGAACAAACAACAUCCCGUUGGUCUGAACUGUUUCAAAGCAAAUCAUCAGUUUUCUACCAGAGAGCUGUGGAUGAGGCCUUACAGAGUCCCAACGGACACCUGGACUUGUUCCUGCGCUUCCUCCUGGGUCUGUCACUGCCUUCCAAUCAGAAUCUCCUACGAGGCCUGCUGACACAGACAGGAAGUGACUCAUGGACCAAUCAGAAAACAGUGGAGUACAUCAAGGAGAAGAUCAGUGAGAAUGUGUCUGCAGAGAGAAGCAUCAAUCUGUUCCACUGUCUGAAUGAAGUUAAGGAUGUUUCUCUAGUGGAGGAGAUCCAACAGUCCCUGAGAUCAGGACGUCUGUCCACAGAUGAACUGUCUCCUGCUCAGUGGUCGGCUCUGGGCUUCGUCUUACUGUCAUCAGGAGAAGAUCUGGACGUGUUUGACCUGAAGAAAUACUCUGCUUCAGAGGAGGUUCUUCUGAGACUGCUGCCAGUGGUCAAAGCCUCCAGCAAAGUUCUACUGAGUGGCUGUAAUCUGUCAGAGAGAAGCUGUGAAGCUCUGUCCUCAGUCCUCAGCUCCCAGUCCUCCAGUGUGACAGAGCUGGACCUGACUAACAACAACCUGCAGGAUUCAGGAGUGAAGAGUCUUUCUGCUGGACUGGAGAGUCCACAUUGUAAACUGGAGACUCUCAGGCUGUCAGGCUGUCUGAUCACAGAGGAAGGCUGUGCUUCUCUGGCCUCAGCUGUGAGACACAAGCCCUCAAACCUGAGAAAGCUGGACCUGAGCUACAACCAUCCAGGAGACGCAGGAAAGAAGCUGCUGUCAGCUUCACUGGAGAAUCCACACUGUAGACUGGACACUCUCAGGCUGACACCUGCUGGAGUCCGAUGGUUGACUCCAGGUCUGAGGAAAUAUUCCUGUGAACUCACAGUCGACACAAACACAGUAAACAGGAACCUCAAACUGUCUGACAACAACAGGAAGGUGACAUUUGUGAAGGAGGAUCAGUCGUAUCCUGAUCAUCCAGAGAGGUUUAACUGGUGUCAGCUGCUGUGUAGAACUGGUCUGACUGGUCGCUGUUACUGGGAGGUUGAGUGGAGCGGAAAGGUUGAGAUAUCAGUGAGUUACAUAGGAAUCAGAAAGAAAGGAGACUUUAAUGACUGUGUGUUUGGAUUUAAUCAUCAGUCCUGGACUCUGUUCUGCUCUGAUGGUGGUUACUCUGUCAGCCAUAAUAACAGAGAAACAUCCAUCAGGUCUUCAGUCUCUCACAGAGUAUCAGUUUAUGUGGACUGUCCUGCUGGAACUCUGUCCUUCUACAGAGUCUCCUCUGACUCUCUGAUCCACCUCCACACCUUCAACACCACAUUCACUGAACCUCUGUAUCCUGGAUUUGGGUUCUGGUCUGGUUCCUCAGUGUGUCUGUGUUGAGUUCAGUAUCCAGAGUGUCCUCCUGUUAAAAAAAACAGUUUUCCUGUUGAACAGAUAGUUCAGUCUCUACAUGUCUCUGUUACUCAGAAACGUGUUCAGAUCCAAGAUUUUAACAAACAUUAAACUGUGACAUUAUUUUACAACAAACUAUCCUGUGUCAGCUUUUACUAAGAUGAUAUAAUAAACUACAUGACGUCUGUAGUAAAAUCUUUACAGCGUCCUGAUGUUUUAUAUUUUUUGUCCAGAAAACAUGAUGUACUAUGACAUUUUAAGCACACAAUACUGCGGCCUUAUUAUUUAUGAUUUACUUUAUUUUGAGAUUUUUAUAUCCAUGAAUGGUGGUCAGAGAAAAAGACUUCAGGUCCUGCUGAUAAAAUGUCUUUUUCAUCUCAUGGAAGGUUUUGCCUCUGUAAAGAAAGAAUAAUUUCUUAAAUUGUAUGAAAAUGUACAAAAGAUUAAACUUUACAGAACAAUAUAUAACCGACCAGUGGAAUGAAUUCCUCAGUUUUUGGUUCAAUACAAAAGUCUGUUACGCAUGUGUUUUUCCUUUGAGAAUCUGGAUGAACUUUACUACUAUCCAUAUUAUAAACAAUAAUAAAUUGAUCAACAACCA